GUUUCUCUCUCCAUCUGGUUUCCUCCAUUACAAACCAAGCUUCCUUUCCAGCUUGUUUUGGUGGCCCUCAUUCUCAAGCACAAUACCCACCAACCAUUUCCCCCACCUUUCCUUUUCUCUUCUCCAAAAUCUAGCAUUUUUACUCUCUCUUUAUCUGCAGUUUUUUUUUUCUUCUUCUUAAAAAUAAGAUUUUUAUGUGGCAUUUCCUUCCAUUUUUCUUUUCUUAAUACUUACCUUGAGUUCUUUUUGACCCACUUGAGUUCACAAUCCCCAUUAGUGAACUAUUCCUUAACUGCAUCAUUUUGCAGCAUCUGGGGUUUUGUGGGGCUUGUGUUUUCGUUCUGGUAUUCCUGCACCUAUAUAUGCUUAUUGAUUCUCUGUGGUUGCUUCUGUGGGUGCUGGAGAUAGAAGAUCAAGGAGGGUAACUUAGAUCAACUCAAAGGGGGUAAUGUCUUAACUCUGCUAUCAGAAGAAUUUGGAGGACAAAUUUGAUUGACUUGUGGCAUCCAAUUAUGUCAGCUAACAGUUCGUUGAAUGUGGAAUUGUCCAAGAAGACUUCGUUUUUGGGUUUGAGACUGUGGGUUUUGAUUGGGAUAGGUGUUGGUGGGUUUAUAGUUCUAAUUCUUUGUAUAUUAUCUAUAUGGGUGAUGUUUCGGAGAAAGUCUAGGAGAUCUCUAGACAAGUACUCUUUAUCACAAAUACCACAUGUCUCAAAAGAUAUCAUAGUUGACAAGGUUGGGGUGCAAACUUCUCAUGAUCAAGCAGAAAGUGUAUCUAUUCCUGUUCAUGACAAGGCAAGUGAUAAGAAUUCAGAAAAGUUGUUAGUUCAUUUAGGCAUGAGCAAAUCCAGUGAUCCUGAUAAUAUCAGUCAGUGCAGCUCAAUUUAUCAUCAUGAGAGAGGAUUUAGUUCAAUGUCAGGGGAAGAAGGAAGCUCUGGGACUGUUAAGAAGCAGUCUACAUUGUCACUUGGAGGGAUGGUAACUGCCUCUCCUCUAAUUGGCUUGCCAGAAAUUUCUCAUCUUGGGUGGGGCCACUGGUUCACGCUUAGAGAUCUGGAACUUGCAACUAAGCGUUUCUCUGCAGAGAAUGUGAUUGGUGAGGGUGGAUAUGGAGUUGUUUAUAGGGGCAGACUAAUUAAUGGAUCUGAGGUGGCGGUGAAGAAACUUCUUAACAACUUGGGACAAGCAGAGAAAGAAUUCAGGGUUGAAGUGGAGGCUAUAGGCCAUGUUAGACAUAAAAAUCUUGUGCGUUUACUUGGAUAUUGCAUAGAAGGAGUUCACAGGUUGCUGGUAUAUGAAUAUGUGAACAAUGGUAACUUAGAACAAUGGUUACAUGGGGCUAUGAGCCAACAUGGGAUACUCACUUGGGAAGCCCGGAUGAAAGUUAUACUUGGCACAGCCAAAGCGCUUGCUUACUUACAUGAAGCAAUAGAACCAAAAGUUGUUCACCGGGAUAUAAAGUCUAGCAACAUAUUGAUUGAUAAUGAUUUCAAUGCAAAGGUUUCUGAUUUUGGUUUGGCCAAACUUUUGGAUUCAGGAGAAAGUCACAUAACUACUAGAGUGAUGGGAACAUUUGGUUAUGUGGCACCAGAAUAUGCUAAUACGGGUUUGUUAAAUGAGAAGAGUGACAUUUAUAGCUUUGGUGUUCUCCUGCUGGAAGCUGUCACUGGAAGGGACCCUGUAGACUAUACGCGUCCUGCUAAUGAGGUGAAUCUUGUUGAGUGGCUUAAGAUGAUGGUGGGGACAAGGAGGGCAGAGGAAGUUGUAGACUCGAGCCUUGAAGUGAAACCAUCAAUACGUGCUUUAAAGCGUGCCCUUCUGGUUGCACUUAGGUGUGUUGAUCCUGAUGCAGACAAGAGGCCCAAAAUGAGUCAGGUUGUGAGGAUGCUUGAAGCCGAUGAAUAUCCAUUCCGAGAGGAUCGAAGGAAUAGGAAGAGCCGCACUGCCAGCAUGGAAAUUGAAUCUCUGAAGGAUGCUUGUGGUCCAUCUGAUGCUGAAAAGGUGAAGGUUUCUGAAGGCUAUGUACCUGAGACAACAACUCAAGGGUAGGAAUUUAUAACCAAAUAACUUAACCUGCGUGUACAAUUGGCUUUGCCUGAUUUCAGUAGCCAAUCAAAUACCAUAUAUAUAUCCAAGUUUGUCAUGAGAAAUAUUUUUGCUGCAUCUGAGAAGAGAAUCAGAUCAGAGAUUAGCUCAUUUGGAUAAAAAAGCAUUUGCUUAUUCGAUGUGGUCAUGAAAGGAUAUAUGAUAUACACCAAAAUUGCAAGGAGGACGGGGUCAGUGCGGGUAAGUGAGUGCUAAUGUUAAUGUUGUACAGAUGUUUGCUGAGCCAAUGUCUUCAUUGCAUGAUUGCUAACUUGCACCCGCUUUUGUCUUAGAAAGAGUGGAGAUAAUGAAAGAGUGAUAUUUGGCUUCAUUGCCCUUACCAUUUUGCUUUAAGUUAAUCAUUAUGUAUAAGUAGUUCUGAAAUGAUUGUCUUAUUUCCUCCUCAACUUGAUUCUAUCUCUCCCAUUUCAAACAGUUGAGAAUAUAUAUGUAUGGGAAGUUAUGUCCUUUAGCUCAGUUAUUUAUUUAUUUAUUUU